GAAUUAAAAGGCGACACGUCCCACUAAUAAAUUGGCUCCUGUCAUCUUCCUCACUCCCCCAUUAUCGCCCUUCUCUUGUUUUCCAUUCAUUCUGAGUUCUUCAGUUAGGGCGAUUUUGAAUUUAGAUUCAGGUGAAAGGAAGCACAAUGAGGGAGGCUGCGGCGGCGGCUCCGUCAAGCAGCAGCAGGUUUCUAACACAGUGGUGUCGGAGCCAGGAUCGGAGAAGUCCGAAGUGGAGCAAACAGAAACCAAAAUGGGAUAAGAUUAAGGCGCAGAUAGGGACUGCUUCCACUUACUAUUCCAGAAUCAGUACUAAUAUUCCUCUCUAUGAACUCCCCCAGGCUUCGUUCGAUCGAUAUCUAGAGGAUAAGCCUAGAGUUUUCAAGGCUAUAUUUCCAGACAAAAGGAGGAGCCAGCAACUCAACGAGGAAGAGUGGAGAAUCCACAUGCUACCCAUACAGUUCCUUUUCAUAUCUGCUCUUCCAGUAGUUGACAUGAGAUUGCGUUGCAAGUCCAAAGGGAUCGCAUACCCGCCCGAGGUUCCCACUGAUGUUUCAAAGGUUCUUGAGCUUGACAUUAUCAGAUGGGAGCUUCAGGGUCUGGAUGAUGUGGUGAAACCAUCUCAGUUCUCACUUAGUGUCAAAGGGGCUCUCUACCCUGAGAGGCGUGGACUAAGAAGCAGGAUCAAGGGCCACUUGGAGAUGAGUAUAAGCUUUGUUCUUCCUCCCGUGCUUGCUUUGCUCCCUGAACAUGUUCUUCAAGAUGUUGCGGAGUCGGUUAGUAUUAGCUAUAUUGAGCCUAACUCACACCCGGUCAGUCGGCCACCUCCUAAAGACCUCAAUAGGCUGAGGAUUUCUCUUCAUAUUUAAGCUGUUGAAGAUACCCUAAAGGAUGCAAUGUAGGACUCUGACCGAUGGAUGCCCAUUACAUGUUCUAUUUUCUCAAAUGACCUUAGUUAUAAAAACUACUCCCUCCGUCCCAAUUUGAUAGUCUCAUUUCUUUUGGGCACAAGUUUUAAUAAAGUGGUUAAUAAGUUAAAAGUUGUAGUUGAGAUUUGAGUAUAAUAAAGUGAAAUGAUAUGGACCACAUCUUUCUUUCCAAAAAGGGAAACAGGACCAUCAUUUUGGGACAUCCCAAAAAGGAAAUACAUGACUAUCAUUUUGGGACGGAGGAAGUAUACACUUUUUGUCCCCUUUAAAUUAAGUAGGUUCCAGUUUCCUACUUUCCGUAACUGACUUAAAUUUUUGCAUUUGGCGCACAGAUAUGUGGAUUUCUUUCCACUUGCAGUCCUGAAUCACUUAUUUGGUGAAAAAUCAGCUUUAAAUUGUACGAAAAUUGGCUGGAUAAGUGGUCGCAAAGACCAAAAGUAGAAAAAAGUCCAUAACUGUAUACCAAAAGUCGAAAUGACCUACUAGCCAUGGGACAAAAAAAACACAAAAAAAACUUUCUGAUGCAUGGGUUUGUACAUAUGAAAUUAUUAUGUGUAGGUUCUAAGAAGACUAGUGGAGAGCAUGAAGAACAAAGUGAAUGGUAGCUUGAUUGCUGAUUACAAUGAAUUCAAGAGGGAACUCUCAAGAGUUUAGUAUGAGCUGUUGUUCAAGCUGAUGAUAUGCCCACAUUAAAACAACCCCUAAUUAUUCAUAGGCAACAAAGAAGGGAUUGAGAACUCUUUGACUCCAUUGUAUAUAAUAUGAUGCACUUUUCAUCCUUUAACAUCGUGUAAUUUUCAAUGUCAAACCUAGUUAAAUAAUUAUUAAUAGCAACUAAACCUGAAAAGAAAAUGGCGUAAUAUGUUUUUUUUGUACCAUGCGGGCCAGCAAAUCCCCAACAGCUCUUAUACACGCUACUAGCAACCUCAGAGACAUUUGUCGGAUUUAGAACAACUGUCCAUCAGGGUUUUAAAAUGGUGUAAAAUGUUGCAAUGAUAAUUUGUACAUUAUGCUUGCUCUCUUAUUCUCG